AUGGAUCCCUCUAACACGACGACAGACAGCAGCAGGCAGCAUCUCAAGCUGAUCGAUUGUGAUGUGAAUCUCUCCCUGGCUGAGGCUGUGGCGGCAUUCAGGUUUCACAUCCAGAUUCACCAGCAUCUUUGUGCAUUUCAUGUGGUGGCCGAUGAGCACGGACGACAAAUCGAAUCACACCAUUACUGCAGCUGCGUUUCGCCCGAAUUCCAUCAAUGUAUUAUCUAUGACUCCGAUAAGCCUAACGCACGUUUAAUAGGUAUCGAAUACUUGAUUUCAGAAAACAAAUUCAACAAAUUACCGGCUGAAGAAAAACAGUACUGGCAUAGUCACAAGUAUGAGGUCGAGAGUGGAGUGUUGAUUCAGAUGCAUGCGAGUGGUAUCGAAGGUCAAGUGCCUGAGAACAAGGAGCGUGAUAUGAUGUCUACGAUUCAUAAGACCUUCGGGAAAGUGAUACAUACCUGGAACAUCGACCAAAAUCCUGAGUUGCCCCUCGGCCCCCCAAGUUUGAUGAUGUCUUACACCAAGCCAGACAUGGUGGAUUGGGAUCAAGUCAAGCGAAGAGACCGGGAGCAGAACGUGAACACUCAAGAGCGCAGUAAAAUUAGGUCGACCUACUUGGACAUGGAUUACACCAAGAACAAGGACGCAGAUCAAUGGAUGCGGGGCGGCAAGCCGGUCCAAUUCAAGCCGAUCGAAUCCAGUCUGUCGCAAACCAGUAGUAAUGGUAAACAGGGGUCUAACGGUCAUCGCAAUGGUAGCUAG